AAACCCAGUUGUGAUAUCUUAAGUGAAUUAUUUUCCUUCGCUCAUUGAAAAAAUUGACUGAUACUAUCAAAAUAAGGGUUAUUCCUUGCUAAAGAAAACACGCGGGCUUCAACAUAUUCAGACAAUAGUUACUGAAAAAAAAUUUGACUGCGAUAUCAUUGAAAAGUUUAUGUUUCUGUGAUGAGAAUGAAAACUGGCUUCCGUUAACGUGGAAAAACUUUCAUUUUCUCCGCUGAAAAAAAAUCAAAUUCCACGAUCUGUCAUUAUUCUCUUCUCUACGUUCUUUGAAAAAUUCAACUAAUGAAACUUGAACAACAGUUAUUAAAAAGCAUUUCAUUGCUCUGCUGAUUAAGAAACCCUGUUGUGAUAUCUUUGAUGAAUUAUCUCUCUUGCUGGGAAAAUUUUUUUUUCUCUCUGUUGGGAAAAAACUUCGUUUUAAUUCAAUAUAUUCGUACAUUAGUUAAUUACAAAGCAUAAGUAUGCACGUCGUAUUCGUGCGUGAUCCAAUUUAGAAUUCUAAAGGGUUUGUUUGAAAUCAUUUUAAAAAAAUCGAAUAUAAUGAAUCCUUCAAUCUUAUUACAUAGUGCAUCCCUGUAUUGAAAUCAUCUGUUCAAUAAUUGAAACAAACUUCAGUUCGAUUUCUCUUGAUUUCCCAGUUAUCUACGCUGUAGUUGGAAAACUAUUUAUCAAGGGACGGCAAAAUUACUAAAUGGGCUUAUAGAAGAUGGACAUCCCCAUUCGCAAUACUGUGUUCCAGACGAUAUGGUUGAGCAUAUAUGUCGCUUUAAAACUGUGUUAUCGGAUGCUCUUUCUCGGCAUUGGUACAAAUUAAAAGAUUUUUACGAUGCGUAUGCAGUUCUGUAAGUUUUUUCGCGUAGUUUCAUAGUUUUUCAUAUGUGCUUUUAUGUAUUCUCUAAAAUAGUUAGCUUUUACUAUACUGAUUCAUUGAUAAAUCUCAAAAACCGUAUCUUUACGGCAACGAGUAAGACGUACUAUUUCUUCUUAGCUUGUUGAUCGGAGUUCUCACUUUUAUUGUUAUGAUUGCUAUUCCCAUAUCAAGUCAUCCAGAAGCAGCCAGCCAUGUUUCAUUCCGAUCCAUCAAGAGCUUUAUGAAAGAAUGCAGAAAGAAGCAUUAUCCCCCGAGUCCACAUACGGUCCGUGAAUUCGUGGAUCGACUCGUUGAUCCAGUGUUUGCUCGCAAUCUAGAGUACGAUAAUGGUCGACUUUCUGUGCGUUUGAUCAUUGCCAACAGCAGUGCACAGCAUGCCCUAUUUUUCGAUAAAAAUUUCGUGCGGCAAGAAAUGGCUGAGGUAUCAAGGCUUCUUAUUGAUGGAACGUUUUGUUCGCGACCCCGGAUUGAUGGAGAAUAUGAAUUGCUCACUAUUAUGGGGAUAAAAUUGAAUCACGGCUUCCCCUUCAUAUGGGUCAUCAUGACAUCAAAGACGCAAAAUGCUUAUGAAGCAUGUUUGCAAUAUGUAAAAACACAUAUUCUGCAUGCGCAUAACAUUCUUCUUGUAAUGAGCGACUUUGAACGCGCAUUGCGGAAUGCUGUUUUGAAAGCAUUUCCAACCGCUCUAAGUACGGGUUGUAAUACCCAUCACGAUCGUGCGAUAUAUAAGAAAGCCAGGGCCCUCCAUCUUCAAAAUUUAUUUCGGAUCAACGCAGAAGCCAAAAGUUUUUUCAAAAAACUCUGGCGUAUUUGCCUGCGGAUCAUAUUGCCAACCAAUUCGAAACUAUCAAGAAUAGCUUAACACCGACAGUCCGAAGACAGCUGAACCCACUAUGCGACUAUUACGCCCGGUAUUGGCUAGGAAUUGUCAAGCCAGAGGGCUUUAGCGUCUAUGGGCUUAGCUGUCGGACGAACAAUAUCGUGGUCUUAUCACAGCAGACUAAGCACAGGAUAGAAGCUCGCCCUGGUCCUUGGGACUUUGUUUGCAAGCUACUCAAACUACAAGCCAACGUUCGAUCGGACAUCGAACACUUAAAAAAAAUGUACCGAUCGGCAGGCACGCACGUUAUUCGACAGUCUUCAAGCAAAAGAAAUUGAUAAAAGCGUGGUGUGAGCUGCACAUGCUUGAAAUUACGGUAAAUGAAUUCAUCGAAAAGGCAGCGGCUUUAAAAGGCAAUCGAAAUAAUCAUGGCUAAUCACCAAGAUAUGCAAGAAAAUGACGAGGCUCAUGAACAUGAGCUGCAGGAAACUCCAUCGGUCAAUCCGUUAGAUCCAGAUUUCGAGCGAGAAAUAUUCUCUGAGGAACCACUCUGAUGGCUCCUGGACAAUUCCGUAACUUUUCAAGAAAAUGAACAAUUUAUGCCGAUUGUGAUCGAUGACGACUCGGACGCUUCGUCACUUGUUUCUAAUGCCAACAAUGAAGAUGUGGGAAAUUUGCUUCUGGGUGAUGAAGAACGGAGGACAUUCCCACAACCCAACAUAAUUGAAAACCAGCCGAUUGUGAUCGACGACGACUCGGACGCUUCGUCACUUGUUUUUAAUGCCGACAAUGAAGAUGUGGGAAAUUUGCUUCUGAGUGAGGAAGAACGGAGGACAUUCCCACAAUCCAACAUAAUUGAAAACCAGCCGAUUUUAAUCGACGACGACUCGGACGCUUCGUCACUUGUUUUUAAUGCCAACAAUGAAGAUGUGGGAAAUUUGCUUCUGGGUGAGGAAGAACGGAGGACAUUCCCACAACCCAAUAUAAUUGAAAACCAGCCGAUUUUAAUCGACGACGACUCGGACGCUUCGUCACUUGACAGGAAUGCAAAUCCGCUUCCAAGGCAAAGGAGAGAGGAAAUUACUCCAGACCCUCCAACCUCUUCGACAACACAGGCGUUGAAGAAGCAAAAACGCAACAAGCGUCGAAAAGAUAUGAGAAGAAGAGCGAUUGUACGAAGACAAGAUGCUUCAAAUUCGGGAAAUAUCGAACUUGGGCAGCAGUUGAGUACAGCAGAGAACCGGCUCCAAAAUAUGCAGAACAAUGGCCAGCAAAUAAAAAAAUAUUUCGUAAUGAAUAUAACCAUAAGGACUGGAUUUGAAAGAGUGAUCCAUGAUAUCAUUUUUCAACCAGAAACAAUACCCAAAGGAAAAGCUUUGGUGAAAGCAAAUCAUGUACGGAAUGUCGAAGAACGGAGAACGAAUGGAGAAAGUUUUUUAAUCCAGGCUCAAGUUAUAAGGCAAACUUCGGUCACAUCUCCACCUUACUGUACAAAAUUGAAUAUCAAUGCAGUUCGGAAAGUCAUUGGUGUUUCUUGCAAUUGUGUUUACAAUAAAAGCGGACGUUGUAAACAUAUAGCAGCAUUAAUUUACUAUAUCAACUGUGAAGACAGCUUAACCAAAACAGAUUUUGAACAACAAUGGUGUAACAAAUUCUCUUUUCUUUUUUGUUUAUCGUGUUCCUACUUGUACAGAGAUUCACUCACAUAGACGACAUAUAUAUAUAUAUAUGUUGAAGCAUUGUAACAAACAACAAAAUGAUUUAUUAUAACAUUGGCGUACAGUUGCA